ACACAGAGCCUAUAAAAACGCCAAACCAAGACAAGCAUUGCUUUAGUAGCCUGAAUAUUGGGACUAUGACACUGACCUGAGACUGAGGACUUCAAUUUUAUUCAGAUUCCUUAAUAAGAACUCUAACUUAAAACUUACAAAGAAUACAGAGCAACUGGGGUAUUAUUGGAAAACAAUCAGGAUGAAGAGAAAAGAACUGAUCGUGUUCAUACUGAGUAGCAUUCUACAAAUAUCAUUUGGACAAACAACCACAAUAUCACCAAGCACUGAAACAACUGCAGAUGUCACAUCUGCAAUAUCACCAAGUUCUUCUGCUGGAACAACUGCAGAAACGACACUGCUAACCUCUACUAGUGUUAGUGAAACAACAGAAUCCGCAGCUGUCACAUCUUCAACAUCACCAAGUUCUUCUGCUGGAACAACUGCAGAAACGACACUGCUAACCUCAACUAGUGUUAGUGAAACAACAGAAUCCGCAGCUGUCACAUCUUCAACAUCACCAAGUUCUUCUGCUGGAACAACCGCAGAAACGACACUGCUAACCUCUACUAGUGUUAGUGAAACAACAGAAUCCGCAGCUGUCACAUCUUCAACAUCACCAAGUUCUUCUGCUGGAACAACUGCAGAAACGACACUGCUAACCUCAACUAGUGUUAGUGAAACAACAGAAUCCGCAGCUGUCACAUCUUCAACAUCACCAAGUUCUUCUGCUGGAACAACUGCAGAAACGACACUGCUAACCUCUACUAGUGUUAGUGAAACAACAGAAUCCGCAGCUGUCACAUCUUCAACAUCAUCAAGUUCUUCUGCUGGAACAACUGCAGAAACGACACUGCUAACCUCUACUAGUCUUAGUGAAACAACAGCAUCCACAGCUGUCACAUCUUCAACAUCACCAAGUUCUUCUGCUGGCACAACCGCAGAAACGACACUGCUGACCUCAACUAGUGUUAGUGAAACAACAGAAUCCGCAGCUGUCACAUCUUCAACAUCACCAAGUUCUUCUGCUGGAACAACUGCAGAAACGACACUGUUAACCUCAACUAGUCUUAGUGAAACAACAGAAUCCACAGCUGUCACAUCUUCAACAUCACCAAGUUCUUCUGCUGGAACAACUGCAGAAACGACACUGCUAACCUCAACUAGUCUUAGUGAAACAACAGCAUCCACAGCUGUCACAUCUUCAACUUCACCAAGUUCUUCUGCUGGAACAACUGCAGAAACGACACUGCUGACCUCAACUAGUGUUAGCGAAACAACAGAAUCCACAGCUGUCACAUCUUCAACAUCACCAAGUUCUUCUGCUGGCACAACCGCAGAAACGACACUGCUGACCUCAACUAGUGUUAGUGAAACAACAGAAUCCACAGCUGUCACAUCUUCAACAUCACCAAGUUCUUCUGCUGGAACAACUGCAGAAACGACACUGUUAACCUCAGCUAGUGGUAGUGAAACAACAGAAUCCGCAGCUGUCACAUCUUCAACAUCACCAAGUUCUUCUGCUGGAACAACUGCAGAAACGACACUGCUAACCUCUACUAGUCUUAGUGAAACAACAGCAUCCACAGCUGUCACAUCUUCAACAUCACCAAGUUCUUCUGCUGGAACAACCGCAGAAACGACACUGCUAACCUCAACUAGUGUUAAAGAAACAUCAGAAUCCACAGCUGUCACAUCUUCAACAUCACCAAGUUCUUCUUCUGGAACAACUGCAGAAACGACACUGCUAAUCUCGACUAGUCUUAGUGAAACAACAGAAUCCGCAGCUGUCACAUCUUCAACAUCACCAAGUUCUUCUGCUGGAACAACCGCAGAAACGACACUGCUAACCUCAACUAGUCUUAGUGAAACAACAGAAUCCACAGCUGUCACAUCUUCAACAUCACCAAGUUCUUCUGCUGGAACAACUGCAGAAACGACACUGCUAACCUCAACUAGUGUUAGUGAAACAACAGAAUCCACAGCUGUCACAUCUUCAACAUCACCAAGUUCUUCUGCUGGAACAACUGCAGAAACGACACUGCUAACCUCAACUAGUCUUAGUGAAACAACAGAAUCCACAGCUGUCACAUCUUCAACAUCACCAAGUUCUUCUGCUGGAACAACUGCAGAAACGACACUGUUAACCUCAACUAGUCUUAGUGAAACAACAGAAUCCACAGCUGUCACAUCUUCAACAUCACCAAGUUCUUCUGCUGGAACAACCGCAGAAACGACACUGCUAACCUCAACUAGUCUUAGUGAAACAACAGCAUCCACAGCUGUCACAUCUUCAACAUCACCAAGUUCUUCUGCUGGAACAACUGCAGAAACGACACUGCUAACCUCAACUAGUCUUAGUGAAACAACAGAAUCCACAGCUGUCACAUCUUCAACAUCACCAAGUUCUUCUGCUGGAACAACUGCAGAAACGACACUGCUAACCUCAACUAGUGUUAGUGAAACAACAGAAUCCACAGCUGUCACAUCUUCAACUUCACCAAGUUCUUCUGCUGGAACAACUGCAGAAACGACACUGCUAACCUCAACUAGUCUUAGUGAAACAACAGCAUCCACAGCUGUCACAUCUUCAACAUCACCAAGUUCUUCUGCUGGAACAACUGCAGAAACGACACUGCUAACCUCUACUAGUCUUAGUGAAACAACAGCAUCCACAGCUGUCACAUCUUCAACAUCACCAAGUUCUUCUGCUGGAACAACCGCAGAAACGACACUGCUAACCUCAACUAGUGUUAAAGAAACAUCAGAAUCCACAGCUGUCACAUCUUCAACAUCACCAAGUUCUUCUUCUGGAACAACUGCAGAAACGACACUGCCGACCUCAACUAGUCUUAGUGAAACAACAGAAUCCGCAGCUGUCACAUCUACAACAUCACCAAGUUCUUCUGCUGGAACAACUGCAGAAACGACACUGCUAACCUCAACUAGUGUUAGUGAAACAACAGAAUCCACAGCUGUCACAUCUUCAACAUCACCAAGUUCUUCUGCUGGAACAACUCCACGAACAACACUGGAAUCUUCAACUGAUGUUAGUCACACAUUUUCUGGAUCAACUUCAGGUACUACAAUGGGACCAUCAACAGGUGUUAUUGACACAUCCGUGACUACAGCAGACACAUCAGAAACGCCAUCAAGUUCUGGAUCAACUACAGCUACACCUGCUCCUGCUACAUCCACAUCCACAGGAUUAUCAUCAGGUCCUCCUGCCAUUUCAACUACAAGUACUGCCUCAGUAACAUCAACCAGUGCUGUUACUGUCACAUCACAAAGUCUUUCUACUUUAGGCCCAGGUCCAGUGGUGUCCAUUAGCUUCACCACCGCCGAGCCAUUUGAUAAUGACUUACUAAACUCAUCUUCUUCUGUCUACAAGAACCGUGAAACUCGUAUCAAAACUGAGUUUCAACCAGUUUUUAAAAGCAAAUUCAGCAACUUCAUUAUGCUGAGAGUAACUGGUUUCAGACCUGGGUCAACCAUCUCAGAUGUUGAGUUAACAUUCAGUGAAAGUCUGCCUAGUAAUUCGUCAAUCACUGAUACCAUGAAGAGUGCAAAUACAAGCUUUGUAAUCACAAGUGUCGGUGUAAAUGGAACGGAAUAUGACGUAACAGCAACGACUACGACACAGACUGCAACAAAUGCAGCUACAACAGACAUCACAACAGAAGCUACAGCAAGCACAGACACUACUACAGUUGCACUGGAAACAUCAACAAGUGUUACUACCCUAUUGACUACAGAGAGUACACUGCAAACUUCAACAGGUGUCACAUCUGAAACAGAAUCCUCCACAGCUAUCACACUGCAAACAUCAACAGGUGUUACAUCAGAACCACCAUCAACUUCUCCUUCAGGAUCAACUACAGCUAUCACACUGCAAACAUCAUCAGGUGUUACAUCAGAACUAUCAUCAACUUCUCCUUCAGGAUCAACUACAGGCAUCACAGUGGAAACAUCAUCAGGUGUUACAUCAGAACCACCAUCAACGUCUACUUCAGGAUCAACUACAGCUAUCACACUGCAAACAUCAACGGGUGUUACAUCAGAACCACCAUCUAGUUCUCCUUCAGUAUCAACUACAGCCAUCACAGUGGAAACAUCAUCAGGUGUUACAUCAGAACCACCAUCAACUUCUCCUUCAGUAUCAACUACAGGCAUCACAGUGGAAACGUCAACAGGUGUUACAUCAGAACCACCCUCAACUUCUCCUUCAGGAUCAACUACAGCCAUCACAGUGGAAACAUCAUCAGGUGUUACAUCAGAACCACCCUCAACUUCUCCCUCAGGAUCAACUACAGGCAUCACAGUGGAAACAUCAACAAGUGUUACAUCAGAACCACCAUCAACUUCUCCUUCAGGAUCAACUACAGGCAUCACAAUUGAAACAUCAACAGGUGUUACAUCAGAACUAUCAUCAACUUCUCCUUCAGGUUCAACCACUGGCAUCACAGUGGAAACAUCAACAGGUGUUACAUCAGAAUCACCAUCAAGUUCUCUUUCAGGUUCAACUACAGGCAUCACACUGCAAACAUCAACAGGUGUUACAUCAGAACCACCAUCUAGUUCUCCUUCAGGAUCAACUACAGGCAUCACACUGCAAACAUCAACAGGUGUUACAUCAGAACCACCAUCAACCUCUCCUUCAGGAUCAACUACAGGCAUCACAGUGGAAACAUCAACAGGUGUUACAUCAGAACCACCAUCAACUUCUCCUUCAGGAUCAACUACAGCCAUCACACUGCAAACAUCAACAGGUGUUACAUCAGAACCACCAUCUAGUUCUCCUUCAGGAUCAACUACAGGCAUCACACUGCAAACAUCAACAGGUGUUACAUCAGAACCACCAUCAACCUCUCCUUCAGGAUCAACUACAGGCAUCACAGUGGAAACAUCAACAGGUGUUACAUCAGAACCACCAUCAACUUCUCCUUCAGGAUCAACUACAGGCAUCACAGUGGAAACAUCAACAGGUGUUACAUCAGAACCACCAUCUAGUUCUCCUUCAGGUUCAACCACUGACAUCACACUGCAAACAUCAACAGGUGUUACAUCAGAACCACCAUCAACUUCUACUUCAGGAUCAACUACAGGCAUCACAGUUGAAACAUCAACAGGUGUUACAUCAGAACCACCAUCUAGUUCUCCUUCAGGUUCAACCACUGGCAUCACACUGCAAACAUCAACAGGUGUUACAUCACAACCACCAUCAACGUCUCCUUCAGGAUCAACUACAGGCAUCACAGUUGAAACGUCAACAGGUGUUACAUCACAACCACCAUCAACUUCUCCUUCAGGAUCAACUACAGGCAUCACAGUGGAAACAUCAACAGGUGUUACAUCAGAACCACCAUCAACUUCUCCUUCAGGAUCAACUACAGCUAUCACACUGCAAACAUCAUCAGGUGUUACAUCAGAACUAUCAUCAACUUCUCCUUCAGCAUCAACUACAGGCAUCACAGUGGAAACGUCAACAGGUGUUACAUCAGAACCACCAUCAACCUCUCCUUCAGGAUCAACUACAGGCAUCACAGUUGAAACAUCAACAGGUGUUACAUCAGAACCACCAUCAACUUCUCCUUCAGGUUCAACCACUGGCAUCACACUGCAAACAUCAACAGGUGUUACAUCAGAACCACCAUCAACUUCUCCUUCAGGAUCAACUACAGGCAUCACAGUUGAAACAUCAACAGGUGUUACAUCAGAACCACCAUCUAGUUCUCCUUCAGGUUCAACCACUGGCAUCACACUGCAAACAUCAACAGGUGUUACAUCAGAACCACCAUCAACUUCUCCUUCAGGAUCAACUACAGCUAUCACACUACAAACAUCAUCAGGUGUUACAUCAGAACUAUCAUCAACUUCUCCUUCAGGAUCAACUACAGGCAUCACACUGCAAACAUCAACAGGUGUUACAUCAGAACCACCAUCAACCUCUCCUUCAGGAUCAACUACAGGCAUCACAGUUGAAACGUCAACAGGUGUUACAUCACAACCACCAUCAACUUCUCCUUCAGGAUCAACUACAGGCAUCACAGUGGAAACAUCAACAGGUGUUACAUCAGAACCACCAUCAACUUCUCCUUCAGGAUCAACUACAGCUAUCACACUGCAAACAUCAUCAGGUGUUACAUCAGAACUAUCAUCAACUUCUCCUUCAGGAUCAACUACAGGCAUCACAGUGGAAACGUCAACAGGUGUUACAUCAGAACCACCAUCAACCUCUCCUUCAGGAUCAACUACAGGCAUCACAGUUGAAACAUCAACAGGUGUUACAUCAGAACCACCAUCAACUUCUCCUUCAGGUUCAACCACUGGCAUCACACUGCAAACAUCAACAGGUGUUACAUCAGAACCACCAUCAACUUCUCCUUCAGGAUCAACUACAGGCAUCACAGUUGAAACAUCAACAGGUGUUACAUCAGAACCACCAUCAACUUCUCCUUCAGGAUCAACUACAGCUAUCACACUGCAAACAUCAUCAGGUGUUACAUCAGAACUAUCAUCAACUUCUCCUUCAGUAUCAACUACAGCCAUCACAAUGCAAACAUCAACAGGUGUUACAUCAGAACCACCAUCAACUUCUCCUUCAGGAUCAACUACAGCCAUCACACUGCAAACAUCAACAGGUGUUACAUCAGAACCACCAUCAACUUCCACUUCAGGUUCAACUACAGCUAUCACACUGCAAACAUCAACAGGUGUUACAUCAGAACCACCAUCAACUUCUACUUCAGGAUCAACUACGGCUAUCACACUGCAAACAUCAACAGGUGUUACAUCAGAACCACCAUCUAGUUCUCCUUCAGGUUCAACUACGGCUAUCACACUGCAAACAUCAACAGGUGUUACAUCAGAACCACCAUCAACUUCUACUUCAGGAUCAACUACGGCUAUCACACUGCAAACAUCAACAGGUGUUACAUCAGAACCACCAUCUAGUUCUCCUUCAGGUUCAACUACGGCUAUCACACUGCAAACAUCAACAGGUGUUACAUCAGAACCACCAUCAACUUCUACUUCAGGAUCAACUACGGCUAUCACACUGCAAACAUCAACAGGUGUUACAUCAGAACCACCAUCUAGUUCUCCUUCAGGUUCAACUACAGGCAUCACAGUGCAAACAUCAACAGGUGUUACAUCAGAACCACCAUCAACUUCUCCUUCAGUAUCAACUACAGCCAUCACAAUGCAAACAUCAACAGGUGUUACAUCAGAACCACCAUCAACUUCUCCUUCAGGAUCAACUACAGGCAUCACAGUGGAAACAUCAUCAGGUGUUACAUCAGAACCACCAUCAACUUCUACUUCAGGAUCAACUACAGCUAUCACACUGCAAACAUCAUCAGGUGUUACAUCAGAACUAUCAUCAACUUCUCCUUCAGGUUCAACCACUGGCAUCACAGUGCAAACAUCAACAGGUGUUACAUCAGAACCACCAUCUAGUUCUCCUUCAGGAUCAACUACAGGCAUCACAGUGGAAACAUCAACAGGUGUUACAACAGAACCACCAUCUAGUACUCCUUCAAGAUCAACCACAGGCAUCACACCAAAAACAUCAAGAGGUGUUACAUCAGAACCGCCAUCUAGUACUCUUUCAACAUCAACUACAGGCAUCACACCAAAACCAUCAACAGGUGUUACAUCAGAACCGCCAUCUAGUACUCCUUCAAGAUCAACUACAGGCAUCACACCAAAAACAACAACAGGUGUUACAUCAGAACCACCAUCUAGUACUCCUUCAAGAUCAACCACAGGCGUCACACCAAAAACAACAACAGGUGUUACAUCAGAAUCGCUAUCUAGUACUCUUUCAACAUCAACUACAGGCAUCACACCAAAACCAUCAACAGGUAUUACAUCAGAACCACCAUCUAGUACUCCUUCAAGAUCAACUACAGCCAUCACACCAAAAACAUCAACAGGUGUUACAACGGGAACACCAUCUAGCCCUUCUUCAAGAUCAACUACAGUUGAACCUACAACAAGCCCAGUUGCCAUACGGUAUAUUAGCUUUACCACUGAUGAAACAUUUGUUCCUGACCUAUCAAUCCAAUCUUCAUCUGCCUUCAAUGACCGAGCAAAACUUGUCAUAACAAAGCUUGAACCAAUCUUAAAGAAGAAUUCCAGCAACUUCAUCAAACUAACAGUGAUUCGUUUCAGGUCUGGAUCAAUCAUCACAGAUAUGAGUUUAAGCUACACAAAUCAAGGAGGUCUUCCCAGUGAUCAACAAAUCAUUGACACAAUAAAGAAUGCAGAUACAGGUUUUGUCAUGACAGAUGUUUUUGUAACACAAACAGCAACUACUACUACUCCGACCAUACCUACUACAAUAGCAACUAUUUCUUCUGCUACUACAAAACCACUUGAUACAACAACUACUACAAAAGCACCUACAGUAACUACAGCUACUACAAAAACAACUAUUACAGCUGCUACUACUACAAAACCAACUGUUCCAAUAGCUACUACAAAAGCACCUACAAAACCUACAGCAAUUACUACAAAAGCAACUACUACAAGUACAACUCCAGCAACCACAAAAGCUACUACUAAAAUAACUACUACUACUACAAGUACUACUACCACUACCACCCCAAAACCAACAACAACAACAACAACAACAACAACAACAACAACCACAACAACAACAACAACAACAACAACAACUGUUGUACCAACUCGUCCACCGCCAACUGUCGAGAUGAGUGUUGGUCUCAAGCAUACUUAUGUUCCAGAGCUUAAUAAUCCUCAGAGUAAGGAAUUCAAAGAAUUGGCAGACAUUGUGGUUCAAGUGCUGGAUCAAAUCUAUAAAGAACUAUAUGGCCCUCUGUUCAUCCGGACCAUUGUCCUAGCCUUCAAACCUCAGUCCAAACGUGCAGAUGAAAACACGCAAGCAGAGGUCCAGCUGGUAUUCAACGAGAACUCCAUAAAGCCUGUCCCAGCCGGUGAAGAAGUAGUGAAUGCUCUGAAAGAGGUUGCACAAAAUAAUAAUAAUUUCAACGUGCAAUUUGAUGCCAACGCAAUCACUGUCAUCAAUGAGCCGUACAGUAUCCCUGUGCAAUUCCGAACAAAUGGGACUUUUGUAGCAGCUCUCUCAAAUACUAAUUCAGAUUUAUUCACAAACAGAUCAAUCAUGGUUAAGACAGGACUUACCCCUUUUUUCACUGGUGACUUCCCUACUGCAUUCAGCAUCUUAACCAUGUCAAACUACAGCAACGGAGGACGUAAAGAAAAUGCAGAUUCAAUUCUGAACUUCAUGGACUUGGCUUUUGCCAAAUCUGCUGAACUUCCCAACAACACCCAAAUUGGGGAAACUAUGCUUAGAGCAGCCAGAAAUAACAGCCUUCCCUUCAAGAUCUUCACCAGUGACAUCAUAGUGAAUGGCACACUAAUAUCAUCGAGCGAUGUCAGCAGCAAGAUCAGUGUGCUCAUGGCGUGCUUCAUGGUGGCUGUGUCACUUCUGUUCACAUGGUCCAGCUGAUGCUAAACCACGUCCUCCAUUCAGAAUGAGAACCUUCACCAAGUUUGACACUCUAGUUCCCUUCAUGAACAAUGCAAAUUUGCCUAGCUAGUUUUUAAAUAAUGUGCAUGCUUAAAAAGCACAAUAAGAAAAGCAUCAUAAGAAUCUCCACAAGCCAGCCUGUAUGAUGUGCAAGGAUAGGGUUUGGUCAGUACUCAUAGCUUUAAUUAAUUUGAAUAAAUAGGUAAGCUUGUGAUGGGCAUUUUGUAAAUGAUUGUUUGUAUUUGAAUCAAUCCUGGAGUCAAAUUUUCAAGCAUGAUGAAAUUUUAUUUGACACGUGAAAACUCGACAAGCUAAAAUGGCAAAGGCACUAUGGUUACAUGUUGUGUAUUAUUCUAUUAUAGGUUACCAUUAGCAUGUAUACUUGCACAUAAAUGCACAUACAAAAAUGUUAUCUAUUGAACAGGCUUUGGUUUAAUAUUCUGGCCCUUAUCUUUUUUGUGUCUUAAGCCACAGAAAAAAUCUAAGAAAAGCGUUAUGAGUUUUUGCAAAUGAUUUAAGCUAAAUGAUCUUGUCUCAAAUUAUGUUUUAGUCUAAAUUGAGCAUGGAUGAAAUAACACAAAUGAAACUGCUGCCUGUAAAACACAAAAUACCUACAAAGUGGUUUGACUAGUUUUAAUACCUCUCUAUCAGUGUUUACUCUGGCAUGCUACUCAACAACUUUGUGAGACAAAGACAAUUGUAUAUUCUCAUGUACUGUAAUUUUCAUAAAGCAGGCAAUGAACUAGAACAUUAUUAUUUGUAGCUGACUUCUAUAAACUUGUGCACUUUACAAAAAUUCUGUUUUUGUUCUUCUGUAAUGUGCUCAGCACUCUGUAUAUAUUUAUUUACUGAACUGGGUAUCUAGGUCCUUAUAUUAUGUAUUUAUUGAAAACUAUUGAUGCUGUAUUGUGCUUGCAUUGAAUGUAGCACCUCAUAUUUAUAAAUGUAUAACUCAGUUUCGAAUAAACUCACGAGAAGCUAUACUACUGACUAUUUUUUAUUGCUAAAAAAAAUUAAUAAUAAACAUUUCUAUAACGGCUAGUGUUAAUGCUAGUUCCAUUCAGGAACAAUAUUACAAAUUAAGUUCCUGGCACACAAUUACCUUCUUUCUUAGAUAAUCAACGCUUAGAUAGUCAUCACUUCUCUAUGCAGCUCAUUCCUCCUGUCAUAACAGAACCAGUUUAACAUGUGACCAUUCUCAUACUGUCAAAUUUGUAAUUCUUCAGUGUAAUAAUUUUAAAUGUCUUUUUCCCUGUUCCUGACUAGCACAGGUUAACACCCAUCUGUGGUUUUCAUGUUGGAAGCACUUCAAAUUCAAGUUCAGGUUCAAGUGAACUUCCUCAUGGUGAAGGACAAAGGAAUUUUAUAUUUGUGCAUCCAGAGAAACAUAAUGGUCAAAGGGUAUGUUAUGAUUUAAACUUUUUUUUCCCACCAGAUGUGUAUCAUUUUGCUGAUCAUUUUGGGCAGCAGUCACAUUAUUCCAAUCUGUGUCAAUUAGAAUCAGAACCAGAAUCAGAAUUAGACUCAUAACAAUAAACUUAACCAGACUCAAAAUCAUAACCAGAAUCAGAAUCAGAACCGGAAUUAUAAUACAGUAUGUGCCCACAGCUGGUGGUUUUUAAGAUUGUCUAAUCAAAUUGUAUGGGAUGUACAUGUUCAGUAUUUGAUGCACCAUUCCUGAAUUUUUCCCAAUUAAUUCAUUAGCAAAGUACAUAGCAUUAGACGUCCAUAUGACAAGCAAACUUACAGAGAUUGAAUGAUGUUUUCAGGAAAAAAGGUAGUUGCCUUAAAAACAAAAUCAGCAUCUAACAGUUUUAAAUAAGUAUUGGAAAAAGGACAUUAACUUCAUUUCAUCCAUUUAAAAAAACUACCUUUUUUUUAAAAAAAACUUUUUAAUACUUGAGUACAUUUAAAAGUAGCAUCUUUUUGACUUUCACUUAAGUACAUUUUCGGUUGGAUGCUUCCACUUUUAAUUGAGUAAGAUUUUUUUUUAUCUGUAUUUUUUUAUCUGUACUUUUAUAUAGGAGAAUUUCUCAGUACUUUUUCUUAUGUUCCCUCCCUGUCCAUUUGCUGGAUCACCUCUCCAUUGGUGUUUCUUGGUAGUACAUCAUGUUGUGCAAAUUAGGCACAGAUUAUAUGGUUCGUCACAUUUCACUUGAAACCCAUAAUUGAGACAUCAAGUCACAUUUGUUCAACUGCAUCAUUAAUAAGCUGCUGGGAAAUAUGAUCCACCCCCCAGUGGUUUACUUCCUUGAGCAUGCCAUAAUUCCAGUUUUGGCAGUUCAUUUAAUUGCACAGAUUCUCUCUCUGUGGUAAUUUCCCUGAGCUAUGUAUAUGUCAAAGAGCAGCCCUGAAAAUAAUUUGCCAUUGUAUUGGGCAAAUUUCAAAAGGAUGCUUAUCUAUUCAGCAGUAAUCAUAUGUACAUAUCAACUGAAUACUCAGCAGGUCAAACACGACAGAAAUGCAGUGUAUUUCUGCUUCUGUGCGUCACAGCUGUGUGUGUCUGUGUGUCAUCUGUCAACAGUUGAUAUGUUUAGAUGAUAAAGUGAGAUUGAUGGCUGAUGUUCCUUCAAAAAGUCCAACCAUUUACACGUAAACAUUAAACACAC